AUGGAAAAGGAAUGUGCCAAGAGGUUAAGGGGGAAAAGUCUUUCCUUCCAUCUCAUGUACAAGUACAUGAUUUGCGACCGGGACUCUAAGGCCUACGACUCUAUUUGGGACCAGUACGGUGUGUGUGACACAUGCAACAAGUAUGAGUCGGUGUCCAGAGCAAGCACCGUGUACAAGGAGUGGCUCAAGUCUGAGGACUAUGUGCAAUGGGAAUCCAGUCACCUUGGUGGAAGUGCUGACUGCAACAGAGUGGUCAAGCUGGACUGCAUAGGCCAUGUCCAGAAACGGAUGGGCAAGGCCUUAUAUAACUUUCAGUCUUCUUCCAACAAGCUAAAAGAUGGGAAACCUGUGAAAGGGACGUCUGGCAGACUGACAAAGAAUGCUAUAGAAAAAGAGAGACACCAGUUCUGCCCACCCAACUCUUGGUGCAAAUAUAAGAAAGGUCUUCCUUGUGAAGACAAAGAGUACCACCUGGACCCAGUGUUCAUCAAGUGCCUGGAGCCCAUCUAUACUCAGGUAACAGAUCCUGCUCUGUUGGCAAGGUGUCUCCCUGGCUACACCCAGAAUGCCAAUGAAUCUUUGAAUGCUUUGGUGUGGGCCGGGUGCCCAAAGCAUAAAUGGCAUGGGAGGGAGAGAGUGGAGAUGGCUGUUGGGUCUGCAGCCGUUCACUUCAGUCUGGGUGCUACUGGGAAGCAUGACAUAAUGAGAUGGGCGGGGAUUGAGUCCCGAAAACAUUACAUCUGGCGACGAGGACCGGAUCUGUGGAACACCAUGAGUGUCAUCGGUCAACUAAGAGAGUUCGACCGGCAAAAAGAGUCGUUUGAAGCUUACAUUGAGCGGCUUGAAAACUUCAUGAAGGCGAAUGGCGUGCGAAAGGAGAACGAGGUAGCUGUCUUGCUCACUGCAAUAGGUCCUGAAACGUACGGACUGUUGAGGAAUCUUUUGACUCCGGAAAAACCUGACACCAAGACAUAUAAAGAUCUUGUGGAUAUUUUGAGUGGCCAUUUGCAUCCGAAACCCUUGGUUAUUGCCGAGCGAUUCAAUUUUCAUAACCGGUUUCGUCACGACUCCGAAACAGUUGCGGACUUUGGCGCCCAACUAAAGAAGCUUUCAACUCACUGUGAGUUCGGAACUUUCCAAGAUGAAGCCUUGAGAGACCGUUUUGUAUGUGGUCUACGCCAGGAAGCGAUUCAACGGAAACUUUUAACCGAGAAAACCUUGACGUUUGCGAAGGCUUUGGAGAUCGCUCAGUCGAUGGAAAUGGCGGAAUCGAAGUCGUCGGAAUUGAAGGGCUCUGGAUCGUCCGAAUCGGGCUGCGUUGAAGAAGUUCAUCAGCUUGGAAAAAAGCCACAGAAACACAAGAAAUUCACACAGAACAAGGGAGGAAAGCCCAAAACAGCAUGUCAUCGUUGUGGCAGUGCUGAACAUGAUGGUAAAUCCUGUAAAUACAAGAAGUAUAAGUGUGAUAAUUGUGGCAAAGUGGGUCACCUAAAGAGAGUCUGUCAGUCCAAGGAGUGCAAGGAAACCAAGUAUGUUGAAGUUUCAGUGGACAAUGACCAAGAAGAUGAGUCAUUGGGGUUCUUUUCAACUCGUGAACCCAGCAGCAAAGCAGUGACAGUAACUAUCACUGUUAACGGAAAGGAAAUUCCAAUGGAAGUUGAUACGGGAGCUGCACGCACAGUCAUCCCUGAAAAGUUGUUCAAAGAGAAUUUUGGACAUUUGAAACUCAAGAAUGCAAGUACCUCAUUAAAGACUUAUUCUGGAACAGUGUUACCUUUAAUUGGUGAAACCGAAGUUCUAGUUGAGUACGAGGGUCAAAGUGCCAAGUUGCCUCUGAUUGUGGCAAAAGUUGAGAGCAAACCAGCUAUUCUGGGUCGUAAUUGGCUCAGUGUUGUUAAGCUGAACUGGGAGCACCUUUUUAGUGUUUCUUCUUCUGAUUUAGUUCAGGAACUGACUGCACGGUUCAAGGGUGUUUUCGGUACGGGCCUGGGCAAAAUCAAGGAGUUUCAAGCAAGAAUCAAUGUGCAACCUGAGGCCACGCCUAGGUUUCAUAAGGCUCGCCCCGUGCCGUAUGCCCUAAAGCCAGCAGUUGAAGCAGAGUUGGAUCGCAUGGAAAAGGAGGGGAUCGUGACAAAAGUGUCCCAUAGUGAGUGGGCUGCCCCGUUAGUGGUCGUCCCUAAGGCAGAUGGUGGUGUUAGUUUGUGUGGAGACUACAAAGUUACGGUGAAUCCAGUUUUGGACGUCGACCAAUACCCUAUGCCUAACCCUCAAGAUUUGCUCAGUGCUCUGGCAGGUGGUACCAAGUUUUCUAAACUUGACCUCAAGCAUGCAUAUCAGCAACUGCCUCUUGGUGAGGAGUCCAAGAAGUUCCUCACUGUCAACACCUGUAAAGGGCUCUAUCAGUAUAAUCGGUUGCCUUUUGGUGUCGCAAGCGCACCUGCUGUAUUUCAAUCUACUAUUGACACCAUUCUCAAGGGCAUUGAUGGUGUUGUUUGCUAUAUCGACGAUAUUUUGAUCACUGGAAGGAAUGACCAGGAACACAAAGCAAGAUUAGAGGCGGUGCUGGAAAGACUUGAGAAAUACGGAAUUUCUCUCAAGUUGUCGAAAUGCAGUUUCCUGGAGGACAGGGUCGGUUUUCUCGGUCAUGUCAUUGAUGCCGAGGGUGUCCACCCUUCACCAGAGAAAGUUCGGGCUGUUGUGGAUGCUCCUGCGCCAACUAAUGUUACCGAGUUGAGAUCUUUUCUGGGUAUGUUACAGUACUACGGAAAAUUUCUCCCGAACUUGUCAACAUUGCUGCACCCGUUAAACAACCUCCUGCGGGACGGGGUUGAGUGGUCAUGGCUGCCAGAAUGCGAGCAAGCCUUCACCUCUGCAAAAGAGCUCCUGCAAUCAGCGAAAGUCCUAACUCAUUAUGACGUCAAUCUUCCAAUUAAAUUGGCUUGUGAUGCAUCACCCUAUGGCAUUGGAGCCGUUAUUUCACACGUUAUGCCAGGAGGCGAGGAGCGCCCCAUUGCUUUUGCCUCAAGAACCCUCACUGGUAGUGAAAAGAAUUAUGCCCAGCUAGAGAAGGAAGCCCUGUCCAUUAUUUACGGAGUUAAAAAGUUCCACCAGUUUUUAUAUGGGCGACGAUUUAUUCUGGAGACCGACCAUAAACCACUCCUAACAAUCUUAGGGCCAAAGUCGGCAAUUCCCACACUAGCUGCGGCUCGUCUUCAGAGGUGGGCUUUAAUUUUAGCAUCCCACCAGUAUGAUGUCGUUUACCGUAAAGGUGUCGAUCACAGCAAUGCGGAUGGGCUGUCCAGACUUCCUGUUGAUAAGCCUAGAGUUUCAGAGGAAACUGAAAUUUAUCAUUUCAGUGAUGUGGAUGACCUACCUGUAACGGCAAGGGACAUUGCUAUGGAAACAAGAAAGGAUUCUGUGUUAAGCAAGGUACUUCAUUAUGUGAAAAGUGGCUGGCCACAGCAGACACAGGAGGAGGAAUUACGUUCUUAUUUCAAUCGUCGAUUGGAACUGUCUGUGGAACAAGACUGUGUUCUCUGGGGUCUGCGGGUCAUUAUCCCAGAGGCAUUUCAGGAGAAAAUCCUGCAUGAUCUUCACGCAGAUCACCCAGGUAUGUGUCGCAUGAAGUCUCUCGCACGCAGCUACCUGUGGUGGCCAAAGCUCGAUCAGGCUAUCGAGAACAUGGUGCACCAUUGUGAGGCCUGCCAGUCUGUUCGUAAGCAGCCUGCCACAGCACCUUUGAUCCCAUGGAAAUGGCCUGUUAGAGUUUGGCAACGAGUGCACAUGGAUUAUGCUGUUAAAGACGGAGUGAACUUUUUUGUUGUUGUCGAUGCACACUCAAAGUGGCCUGAGAUUAUUGCUACAUCUUCCACUACUGCACCCAAGACCAUUGAAAUGCUGGCUGGUCUAUUUGCAUCACAUGGAUUACCAGAGGAGAUGGUCUCUGAUAACGGUCCACCGUUCAUUUCUAGUGAGCUGGACAUGUUUAUGAAAAGUAAUGGAAUACGGCAUACACGGGUCCCUCGCUAUCAUCCCGCUUCUAACGGGGAGGCGGAGAGAUAUGUUCAAACUCUCAAGCAGGCGUUACUUACCAGCAAGUUUGAUCAGGGGAAAUCGCUACAGCAACGGCUGUCAAGUUUUCUGUUUUCGUACAGGAACACGCCCCAUACGGUUACUGGGCAGACACCUGCUGAGUUGUUCUUGAAGCGUAAGCCUCGCACACGUUUGGCAUUGCUUCAGCCCAAUCUGGCCCAGCAUGUUGAGGAGCGUCAGAUGAAGGAAAAGCAACAGCAUGAUGGUGGCCGAACAAAAACUCGUGAGUUUCUUCCAGGGGACAUUGUUUUAGUUCGUAACUUCAGAGGAAAACACAAGUGGGAUAAAGGAACAGUGAUCUUGAGAAUCGGUCCCCUAGCAUACCAGAUACGUAUUGGAGGACGAAUGUGUCAUGUACAUGUUGAUCACCUUCUAGCAGCUGGUGAUGCGGAGCACACAUCCCCACCAACUACAGCUACAGCUAUGACUGGGAGUGGCUUUGUUUUGCCCUCUACUCCAGUAGUGUCCUCUAAACCCAUUCUUCCUGAGCCUGAGGUUACCCCUCUACCUGAAGUCUCACCUAAAUCUUCAGAGACUGUUGUUCCUACAUGUACAACUGAGUCACCACCUGACGUGGCAUCUACACCUGUGAGGCGUUACCCAAGGCGUACCCCUAAACCUGUAGUACGUCUGGACUUGUAA